UUUCACUUCCCUCCCUCUCGGCCUGGGCUGCAGCUUCGCCGCCACGAUUGGCUGCCGGACCUCCUCCUCUCGGCCAAUAAACGCCACGCCGUCGCCCCCGUGUUACUGGGUAGAACAAAACAAAAACAAACAGAGCGAGCCGGGCCAGAGGCGCUCCGAGGCGGCGGCGGAGGCUGAGGAGUGGGGUCGGGGCCAGGUGGACCGGAGGCCCGGGCGAGCGGCGGCGGCGGCGGCGGCGGCGGCGGCGGCGGCGGCGGCGGCGGCGGCGGCCGGAGGAGAUUUUAAAGGAAGACUUCCAUUUCAUAAUUUGUGUAUAAUCAGUGCAAGCAAAAUUAAGGAAAAAUGGAUGUAGAAAAUGAUCAGAUUCUGAACGUAAACCCCACUGAUCCUGAUAACUUAAGCGACUCUCUCUUUUCUGGUGAUGAAGAAAAUGCUGGCACUGAGGAAAUAAAGAAUGAAAUAAAUGGAAAUUGGAUUUCCGCAUCCUCUAUUAAUGAAGCUAGAAUUAAUGCCAAGGCAAAAAGACGACUACGGAAAAACUCGUCCCGGGACUCUGGCAGAGGCGAUUCCGUCAGUGAUAACGGAAGUGAAGUCAUUAGAAGUGGAGUGGCUGUGCCCACCAGUCCAAAAGGAAGGUUGUUAGAUAGACGGUCCCGAUCUGGGAAAGGAAGGGGGCUGCCAAAGAAAGGUGGUGCAGGAGGCAAGGGUGUCUGGGGUACACCUGGACAGGUGUAUGAUGUGGAGGAGGUGGAUGUGAAAGACCCGAACUAUGAUGAUGACCAGGAGAACUGUGUUUAUGAAACUGUGGUUUUGCCUCUGGAUGAGACAGCAUUUGAGAAGACUUUAACACCAAUUAUACAAGAGUACUUUGAGCAUGGAGAUACCAAUGAAGUUGCAGAAAUGUUAAGAGAUUUAAACCUUGGUGAAAUGAAAAGUGGAGUGCCUGUGUUGGCAGUGUCCUUAGCAUUGGAGGGGAAGGCCAGUCAUCGAGAAAUGACAUCCAAGCUGCUUUCUGACCUUUGUGGGACAGUAAUGAGCACAAAUGAUGUGGAGAAGUCAUUUGAUAAGUUGUUGAAGGAUCUACCUGAAUUAGCAUUGGAUACUCCUAGAGCACCACAGUUGGUGGGCCAGUUCAUUGCCAGAGCUGUUGGAGAUGGAAUUUUAUGUAAUACUUAUAUCGACAGUUACAAAGGAACUGUAGAUUGUGUACAGGCUAGAGCUGCUUUGGAUAAAGCUACUGUGCUUCUGAGUAUGUCUAAAGGUGGAAAGCGCAAAGAUAGUGUGUGGGGAUCUGGAGGCGGGCAGCAGUCUGUCAAUCACCUUGUUAAAGAGAUUGAUAUGCUGCUUAAAGAGUAUUUACUCUCUGGAGAUAUCUCUGAAGCUGAACACUGCCUUAAGGAGCUGGAAGUACCUCAUUUUCACCACGAGCUUGUGUAUGAAGCCAUUGUAAUUGUUUUAGAAUCAACUGGAGAAAAUGCAUUCAAGAUGAUCUUAGAUUUAUUAAAAUCCUUGUGGAAGUCUUCUACCAUUACCAUAGACCAAAUGAAAAGAGGUUAUGAGAGAAUUUACAAUGAAAUUCCAGAUAUUAAUCUGGAUGUCCCACACUCAUACUCUGUGCUGGAGAGAUUUGUAGAGGAAUGUUUUCAGGCUGGAAUCAUUUCCAAACAAGUCCGAGAUCUUUGUCCAUCAAGGGGAAGAAAGCGUUUUGUAAGUGAAGGAGAUGGAGGCCGUCUUAAACCAGAGAGCUACUGAACACAAGAACUCUUACAAUCUUAGGUGUGAUAACGGCAGAUCUGAACUUUCCUGACUGCACAGCUAUAAUCUGUAAGAAAGCAACACAACGGGUAAACAAGCUAGAAACAGACAUGAAGUAUGCUUUUAGCAGUCCUACUGAGAUACUAUAUUCAAAAGGACCAGGAUACACCUUCCUAUUAGCAUUGUUAUCGCUAUGUAAGCAUAUGCUACCUACAGCCCUUGCAACAAAUGUUACAUCCCAGAUUCAACUAUACUGUCUGCUCUAAGUGUCUGGAUCAAGUUGUGGAAUAAUGCCUUUCUAAAUAUGCUUUUCCAGGCAGUGCCACCCAUUUAGUGAUGUUUCACUACACUGACGCAACCUUACUAUAUGUCUUUCGCAAUGUUACUACCAAGAUUUAUUAUUUAUAAGGUGGUGAUGCUGGCUUGGUGCCUGCUUUUCCACCCACUGCAAAUUAAUUAUAACCAAGUGAAGCUGCUUUUGUUCUUUGUCAUUCUUGUUCCACUAUUUAGUCCUAAUAAAAGCUUUCUACUUUGUAUCCUUCAA